AUGGAGCGUCUUCUUCAGAAAGCCUUCGCGAUUCGAGCCACUGCCACGACGAAUAUGAACAUACAGAGCAGUCGAUCGCAUCUUCUCGUGCAGUUUGUGCUGUACAAUGGGACGGAAAAGCCGCUGGCGAAGCUGACGCUGGUGGAUCUGGCGGGAAGCGAGUGUUUACGACAGAGUGGCGGACAGGAGGAGAGAAGGAAGGAGGCGAAGAUGAUCAACUUGAGUUUAUUUGAAUUGACGAACGUGUUGAGAGAUCUGAAUGUGCCGGGGAAGAUUCCUUCGUUCAGAAACAGCAAACUCACGAUGAUGUUGAAGGACUCGCUCGGAGGCCAGACGAAGAACUUGGUAUUGAUUCACUUGAAUCCCACAGAUCGAGAUUAUGCGAAUUCGCUAAGUUCGCUUCAGCUGGGAGAGAAGAUUAGUUCGAUUAAAGAUACGAGAAAGAGUUGA